AUGGCCAAUUUUACAGAAACCAACCGGAAGUACUUCGAUCAGAUGGCUACUUCCUACCAGAAUCGGUUUGCCAAUGUCCUAAAGAUGUUGACCGAGCAGGUCCAACAACGCCGGCUCUGGCUCAGUGACCGCUGGACCGAUACAGAUGCAGGCAAGGACCAGGAAAUCAAAAUGCUCGAAUAUGCCUGCGGGCCUGGAGCAGUGUCAAUGGUCCUCCAGGCACUUGCUCCGUUCCUGACCAAAGUCAUUGGGAUAGAUCUCAGCGAUAACAUGGUUGAUGAAUACAACCGCAAUGCCGCUGCAGUUGGUUUCUCCGAUAAAGUCACUGGGUACAAGGCCGACCUCCUGGGAGAGUCUGUGGCUGCCCAGUUUUCGGGCUCCGAGUUUAUCGAUUUCGACGUUCUGACCGUGAGCAUGGCACUGCACCAUUUCGAGCAUCCGGGUCAAGCUCUGAAGCGGCUUGCAUCGCGGGUUAAGAAGGAUGGUGCAUGUUUGAUCAUUGAUCUUGUUCCGCAUACUGCACAUGAACAUGGACACGGACACGGACAUGGACACGGUCACGGCCAUGGACAGGAGGGCCAUGAUUUCGGUGAUGCUUCUGCCACUGUCAUGACACACGGCUUCUCGCGAGAGGACAUGCAGAAGUUGUUCGAGGGAGCGGGUCUGAGUGCUCGAUUUGACUAUGAAAUCCUCUCCGAGCCACUCGUCUUUACCAAGGAUGACAAAACCAUUUCUAAGACGGCUUUUAUUGCGCGCGCUCAGCGUGCAUAA